GUGAGGCAGCGCCCGCCGGGCUCCGCCGCUGCGCUGCCGCCGCUCCUGCUGCUGCUCCUGCUGCUGCUCCUGCGGCCGCGGCGGAGCCGCGAGGGAAAGGCAGAGAGCCGCGGCCGUUCCCCCGGCCCGCCGCCGCAGCGGUGGCCGCGGCCGCGGCUCUGCUCGCAGGCGAGCGGCUCUUCGGCGCUCCGGCGGGGCAGGCGGGCGACGGCGGCUCGGUCGUGCCUGCGCUGCGGGCUGCGGCGAGCGGCGCCGGGUAAAUGGAUCGCCAUUCCAGCUACAUCUUCAUCUGGCUGCAACUGGAGCUGUGCGCCAUGGCCGUCCUGCUCACCAGAGGUGAAAUCAGAUGCUACUGCGAUGCUGCACACUGUGUUGCAACCGGCUAUAUGUGCAAAUCUGAGCUUAGCGCCUGCUUCUCCAGACUGCUUGAUCCUCAGAAUACACAUUCCCCACUUACUCAUGGCUGCUUGGACUCUAUUGCAAGCACAGCUGAGAUCUGCCAGGCCAAACAAGCACAAAACCACUCUGGCACCACCACCAUGUCCACUUUGGAAUGCUGUCAUGAAGAUAUGUGCAACUACAGAGGACUACAUGAUGUUUUGUCUCCUUCCAGGGGCGAUGCUUCAGGACAAGGGAGCAGAUAUCAACAUGACAGCAGCAGGAAUCUCAUCACCAAAGUGCAAGAAUUGACUUCUUCAAAAGAGUUAUGGUUCAGGGCAGCUGUAAUUGCUGUUCCAAUAGCUGGUGGGCUAAUCUUGGUGCUCCUUAUCAUGCUGGCCUUGAGGAUGCUCAGGAGUGAAAACAAGAGACUGCAAGAUCAGCGACAGCAAAUGCUCUCUCGUUUGCACUACAGUUUUCAUGGACAUCAUUCGAAAAAAGGGCAGGUGGCAAAAUUGGACUUGGAAUGCAUGGUGCCUGUGACUGGUCACGAGAACUGCUGCAUGACCUGUGAUAAAAUGAGACAUUCAGACCUCAGCAAUGAUAAAAUUCUUUCACUAGUCCACUGGGGAAUGUACAGCGGACAUGGGAAGCUGGAAUUUGUAUGACCAAUUAUUUUUUAAUCUGAGCUAAACUUACUCUCUGAACUCUUGAAGGCCUUUGGGUUCUACUGGACAGGAGCACUUUAUCUUAAAAAUUCUCAUAAAACAUCUUUGAGAAACAAAGGACCUCUGCAAACAGAAUCUUGGAUAUUUCUUCUGAAGGAUUCCAAAAGUUGUCUUAUUUGCACAGAGUAAAAUACACUCAAAUGUAUUGUUUGCUUCAGAGUUGUGAAAGCAAAAGUUAGAAGUUGUAAACACUGUCACCAGGGUUAUCUUGAACUGUAGGGAGCUGAGAAGUGAGUUAUUAUAAUAAACUGUAUGCAAGCUCCUAUGUUUCCUGACUUAUUGUAAAGAUUUUUAAAAAUAUAUAUAUUUUGUCUGAAA